AUGGCAUUCUUCGGGAUGCAGCCGUCACGAGCGGUUGGUGAGAUUGAAGAGUCAAAUCCAACUAGCAAGCCCAACAUUGACCUUAUAGAGAGUGCAGAGACGGGCAUGCCAGCUACCUAUGUCGAGACAGUGGCUGCCCGGCUCUCCAAGGGUCAUCGGGAUUAUCUGAUUGAGCGCCAUGGAACGUUGGAUCUAGAUCCUGUUCCGGAAAUGAGUCCUACGGAUCCCUAUAAUUGGCCUACUUGGAAGAAAAUGAUGAACUUGAUUCUAGUUGCCCUCCAUGCAUUAAUGGGAACCUUCAUGGCCAGCGCGGUUAUCCCAGCAUAUUCAACUAUCGCCGAAGACUUCGGUGUCUCCUUGCAGAGAGCCAGUUAUCUCACAUCACUACAAAUCGCGAUUCUGGGAGGCGCACCGCUGUUUUGGAAACCCUUGUCCAACCGAUUCGGUCGUCGUCCCAUUUUCCUGUUAUCCCUGAUAUGCAGCCUGGUCUGUAAUGUAGGGUGUGCCAAGAGUCCCGAUUAUGCGUCAACCGCUGCAUGUCGAGCGUUGGCGGCGUUUUUCAUCUCUCCAGCGUCUGCUAUUGGCAGUGCCGUGGUAAUGGAAACAACCUUCAAGAAGGAUAGGGCACGGUACAUGGGGGUCUGGACCCUGAUGGUUACACUAGGAGUCCCUAGUGGGCCGUUCAUCUUUGGGUUUGUCGCCUAUCGAGCAGGGUAUCGGUGGAUCUACUGGGUACUUGCGAUGAUCAACGGCGGCCAAUUUAUCCUGUACCUCUUCUUCGGACCCGAGACGCGUUACGUGGGCAAUGGUGUCGACCGUCAAAUCAACUGGAAGACGGAAUACCUCUAUAUCAGGCGCAUCGAUCCAACACCAUUCUCAUGGCAAGAAUUUAUCAGGCCAUUAACAAUGGCCAAACAUCCAUCCAUUCUCAUCCCCGCUGUGGCGUACGCCAUGGUCUUUCUCUUCGCCAGUAUCCUCUCGACUGUUGAGAUCCCAAACCUGCUCCAGGAGAAAUUUAGUCUGAACGAAGAGCAAGUCGGGCUGCAGUUCCUGGGAGUCAUAAUCGGCUCCAUAAUAGGCGAGCAGGUAGGCGGUAUCAUGUCUGACUUCUGGAUGCGCCAGCGAGAACGCCGACUCGGACGCAAAGCAGACCCUGAGUACCGGUUGUGGUUGAGCUACUUUGGCUUCUCCCUCGCCAUUAUCGGUCUGGUUGUCUUCCUUGUCUGUACACAGACAGCACCCAAUGGCCAUUGGCGGGUGACGCCCAUCGUUGGCACCGCUAUAGGGGCUGUGGGAAACCAGGUUAUCACCACCGUGCUGGUCACAUAUGCUGUUGACUGUUUUCCAGAAGAGGCAGCGUCCGUUGGUGUUUUCAUCACGUUCAUUCGUCAGAUUUGGGGGUUCCUUGGGCCUUUCUGGUUCCCGUCAAUGUUCGAAAGUGUUGGCAUCGCAGCGAGUUCCGGAGUUGGUGUUGCUCUUAUAGUUGGUGUCAGUGCAGUCCCAACUAUUUUCUUGCAUUGGAAGGGGCGUGUUUGGCGUAAGGAGAAGACGGAUGUCUAA